CCAGCAUUGACGCCGCCGUCUGGGCCCAGCUCCACAGCAUCAGACGUUUCGACCAAGUCUAACGAUGGGCCAGGAUGGCCGGGUUGGCCGAUUCCAAUUCCAGGAGGGCAAGAAACUACUACGGUAAAUUCGCCACCAGCAGGACCUACAGAACACCCGGGCGCGUCAGUCCCAAAUAAUCCUCCAUCGCCAGGGCCGAUCCAGCCGACACCGAAGCCGCCUCAGUCCCCAGUUGAUCAACCUCCUGCGAACGCGGACCCUGUAACACAACAGCCUCCAGCGGCAUCAAGCAGCUCCCAGGAACCAGGCUCUCCUUCCCUGCCAUUUCCAUCGCUGCCAGACGCGAUUCCUAUUAUGACUUUGACCAGAACCGACACUUCGCACCCUGAACCCACCAUUGAUCCCUCUGGCGAAGCUCCAGCGGCAUCUUCAUCGACACGCCGAACCAUCGAUAUGGGAGGACAAUAUGCCGGAGGCACUUUGGGCACGUACACGUACACGGAAACCAACUCAUUGGGCAUUCCCACCCACACAUAUCCCUUCCAAGGACUCUUCGUCCCCGUCACCAUUGUGUCAACAGAUUCGAAUGGCGUACCAUACACCACUCUUACCGAGGACCACAUUUUUGCCCCUGUGUCCUCGACCCUGACAGACUUUCAGGGCCGCCCUACUAAGACGGAGCUAGUCUAUGUGGUACCGACAGUCAUCACUUUGACCAACGCCCAAGGUGAACCAACAGGGACGACAACAUCAGGUGUCACGAACACACCCGUUGUGACCACGUUGACUGGAGCAAAUGGGGUGCCGACGAAGACGCUUACCUAUUACGCCCCAGUUGUCGUGACGUCUGCUGUCAUUGUCGUCGCGCCUGCAAAUACAGUUGAGCCCCCAGCUUCGCAAAAGGAAGCCCUGGAAACGGUUACGGAAGGAAACUACUUCCUCGGCCUGGUCGUCCCGACAAUGCUUGCUGCCCUGCUGUCCAUGGCGGUCCGACUCUUCGAUCACCACGCCAGGCUUUACUUUCCAUUCCAUGCUCUCACGCUGUACAACGGUGCACCCACCACGGACUCGAUGUGCUUUCCCGUCACUGGAAUGGGGGGCUUCCUCGCAGGCUUCAAGAUGGUCAAACGAGGACAGUACCUGCUCGCAGUGACAGGCUCAAUGGUCGUUGCGAGCGCGAUCCUCACGAUUUUCAGUGGAGGCGCGAUUCAUAUUAUUCGCACUGGAUCCAGCUGCUCCGCUGCGGCUGCCGAGAGUUGUGGCACCCGGAUUGCCGUCUUCCCCAUAUUAGCAAGAGUCUCGAUAGCAGUACUCGCAUUUAUUCUUCUGGGCGCCUUUGUUGCAGGGUGGAUGCUCCUGAGGUGGCGCACUGGCGUCUCCUACAACCCUUGGAGCAUACAUCACAUGCUCGGCGUCAGCACGAAUCAAGACAUUCGAACGCUUCUCUUGCAACUGCGCGAGGUAGACGGCCGGAUCACUCGAGCGCAGGCGGCUACCGCUCUCGGACCUGGACCGUUCAUCCUCGAUUACUGGCUGGAGAACGCAUCUCUCAAGUACGGCAUCCUUAUCGGCAUAUCAGACUCGACUUCCACACCGCUGAGAAAGGAGGGCAAGACUGGAGGCAUGAUCAGGCGGCGCUACCGCCUACUGCCCAAGGGCAAUACUGUUCCGUUUUCGAUUCUUAAUCUGACGGGGCGAUUCUUCUUCUUGCUAUUCCUUUGUGUACUGCUCAUUGGCAUCUUGAGCUACAACAUUGUCGGCGGCGGCGAGAUCGCCGCCGGCACUGCCGGCUCUCGAGGCCAGGUGUUUCUGGCGUUCUUGUUCGUGGCGGCUGGAGUACUGGUCUCCUUCUGCUGGAAUACCACCUUCCAUGCCGUCGCCUUCAUGAGCCCAUACAAAGUCCUCGGUCGCAAGAACAACUACGCCGACGACAUCCUACACAUGACGCCACCCACCAACGUCUUCAGCGCGAUGCGCUCGGCCCUGUCCCGUGACCGGCGGGAUCUCUUCCUGUUCUUCGUCGCCUUGGCCUCGCUCGUUUCCGAGUUCAUGCCAAUCAUGCUACUCAACAUCCCCUUUGGCAUGGUCAAGACCAGCAUCACCCACCUCAUCUUCACCUGGAUGACUGUAGCCAUUCUCAUCUGUAUGAUUUUUGUGCUGGCGUCGUCGUUCGUCAUGCACUGGCCGCAUCUGCCAAUUGACCCCAGCACCAUUGCGGGUGCACUGUACUAUGCGUCGGAUCCGGGCGUUAUUGCCCUGAGUCCGGCCGCGGGACUGCUUCUAGGAAAGAAGAGUCUGAAUACAAAGACUUGAUCAAAGUCGACUUUAGCAUUUACAGCGAUUUUUUUUCGUUAUUUUAACACAUAUUCAAAGCACCAGAUUAGCGAUGCGGUGUCGAAUCAGCGAGCAUAUACAUUUCAUUUAAUGUUGCAGAU